AGCCGGUAGCGCUCCGACGCUUGUGCGCGCCGCCCCCUCAAGAAGCUUCUGGACCGUGCGCGCGGGCGCCAUGUCCGUCUUCGCGGCCUCCCGGGCUGUGGCGCGAAGGGCGGUGGCGCCGGGCAGCGGGGCGCUGCGAGCGGGCCGCCGGUGCCUCGGGGACUCCGUGGCCGGGCCGCCGAUCACCGACCUGGCCGCCAACACCAAGCUGGCCUGCGAUUUCUUCACGAAGGACGCGGUGUCCUACGCGCAGUUCAAGGUGCAGUGCGUGGCUUUGCGGAUUUUCGCCUUCGCCGGCGUUACAGGGGGCUGCAUGCUGUCGCUGAUGAUGGACCCGCCCAAGUCGUCCUACUGGCAGCGCUGGUCGCCGACCUUCCUGCUCUCCCACCUCAAGGCGAUGUUCUGGACCUCCCCGCAGCCCGUGUUCCUCGCCUCGAAGGUAGAGUACGAGACCAACGUGCCGGACAUCUACGUUCAGCUGACCCAGAAUCGGCGCCUGGACAACGCCGGCAGCGACAGCGAGGACGACCACUGAGCAGGGGCCUGUUUCCCGGCCGAGCCCGAACAGCGGGCCCAGAAACAGAGGGAGGGGUGGGGAGGGUUCACGGGGCCCCCAGAAUCCGUUUCUUUCAUGCUCGGUACGAGGCGCCGUACGGUUGGCACGCG